AUGGCGUCCCCCGCGGCGCAAAAGCGCGUGAAUGUCGCAGUAUCCAGGCUCAUUCCGCCCGUGUUACUCGGCGCCGUGGUGUACGCUUCUUACGCGGUCACAAAACCGCUGUGCAUCGACUAUUUGCUUCAUCCUUUACCUUCUUAUAAUCGAGUCCCCCGAGUCGGCGCUGGCGCUGCGAUCCUUACCAUCUAUUACGUCCUUUUAAUCCCAAUGGUUGUCACUUAUCUACACCUUUAUUACCACGUGCUUUGGCGCCCUGGCUAUUUACCUGUUGGCGAUCAAAAACUGCGCGAUGAGCAGAAUGAUGAUGAUGAAAAGAGACCGGAGAAAUCGCGGCGGAGGCGCCAUCGGAAGAAAGCACGGAAAGCCGACCCCGAGAAAACGGUACAGUCGGACACUGAUGUGGAAAGGGGAGCGGGAGGAGUGGUGUCUCAGUCAGACCUGCAGUUGGAGAGCUUUUACACCCAAGAUGUUUUUGUGUGCCAGCAGGAUGGACGGCCCCUUUGGUGCUCGACUUGCGACCAAUACAAGACAGAUCGGGCACACCAUUGUCGGGAGCUGGGCCGCUGUGUGCGCAAAAUGGAUCAUUUCUGCCCCUGGGUUGGAGGUGUGGUGUCGGAAACAUCAUUUAAAUUCUUCAUUCAGUUUGUGGUUUAUACCUGCAUUUACUGCACAUUCGCUCUCAUCGUGUCUGCUUAUUUCACCGCAGAGAUCCGGCGUAAUACUGGAGCAGCAAACCCGUAUUGGUGUGUUUGUAUUGGACUGAGCGCCCUUUUUGCUUUCUUUACAGCUGGCAUGACUCUCAGCUCGCUACAAAUGGGCAUUUUCAACAUAACAACGAUUGAAAAUCUCAAUCGACGCACCGCCGUCUGGACCCUUGCCAUACGGGUACCUGAGUACAUGCUCGAUCGACUUUGGGACACCGAGUCUCCUUGGGCCCCGACAUUCCCCAUGGUCUCCUACCCGCCCGAGGCUCAUACCUCAAAUCAGCCGCAAGCCACGAACCCGCCUGCCGGCGAACGCCACGUUUUUGCUAUUCUCCACACCCAACCGGGCGAAAAUCCAUUCGACCUGGGCACUCCAUUCAAGAACCUCCAGCAAGUCAUGGGGCACAGUAUUGCCGAGUGGCUUUUGCCGAUCAAGCAAAGCCCGUGUGCCGAUCAUAGUAGUAUGGAGAGCCAUUACCCUUUUGGCCCCGUGGUAACGCGCCUGAAACAGGAGGCAGGACUGAUGCCGCCCGGGGAUGGGGCUGUCCCGCCAACCCCACAUUCGGGGCGUAGCCAGCCCGAGGGAAACACGCAGACAUGA